AUGUCUAAGAUUCCCGCGCCGGCUGUCGAGGCUGGGCCUGAGGUGCCCGAAGUCGAAACUGAGCAUCUCGGCUUCAAGGUCCUCAACCAGGGCAAACAGGGCCCCAAGAAGGUCAAGAUCCUGCCCCGGCCAUGGCCUGCCGAUAAUCUGCCGCCUGCGUGCGCAAACCUCCUCUCCGUCGCCUCCAAGCCCGCCCUUCUCGCUGCUGCCGGCCCCAACAUCCUCGUCAUCGCGUCCACAGACUCCGUGCGCAGCGCCUUCCAGAACAAGACCAUAGCCGAUGACAUCGCAAACGCCGAUGACCCGCGUCUCGAAGAGCGCGACAUUGACGUCGUAGCAGACUUCACGCCCGAUAUCACCAUCUCUACUCCCAACCUCCGCCAUGUCGCUUUCUCCGCCGAUGGAGAUUUCUUGGUUACAUCUGAUGAGGCCGACGGCGGCGUCGCUGCGUACAAUGUUGCGAGUGUCGUUAGCCAAGGCAAGAAAGACGCGGACACGAAACUGGCGACCGACGCACCCGUUCGCGCUCUCCUCCCAAACCCCUCCCCCGAAUUCGAACAAUACUUCGCCAUAGUCCUCGAUAACGGCAAGCUCGAGAUAUGCGAUGUGGAGAAGGGCGUCAAGAAGACGAUUCGAGAGGCACACGUCAACUGCGCCGCUUGGAGUGCGCGUGGAAAGGCUGUAGUCUCUGGCUCUAUUGAUGGCACCUGCGCUAUACACAUGACCGCUGGAGAUCUAAGAGGUAUCGUUCCUCGACCUCCAGACGUCGAUGAAAACUACGAGGUGACCGGCGUGUCGUGGCUGAAAACUGAAGAAUUCCUUGCUGUCUACUCUCUGAAGGACCAAGACCAGGACAACCCGGAGCAAAAGAAGUACAGCGUCAUCAAAUCGGCCAAGGGCUGGGGAUCCUUCACGUACCAUUCCUUUGUCUGGGAUCCUCUUCCCGAGGCAUUCGAAGCUCCACGUCGCCAACUACCUGCACGGAUUUCGUCCACACGCCUACAAAACUGGAAGCCCGAUCUCGACGACAUGCUUAUUAUCACUUCCUCCCACGCAGACUCCAUCGCGAUACUUGCCUCCACAAGCAACAAGAUCUCCCCGGAUCAAGAAACCUGCAACGAGCUCAUGAUGGUCAACGUGGACGAUACGAAGAAGGCUCAGGUGCCGCGAACCGCUUAUGGAGACGAGGAAAUGGACAGCGUCUUCAUUGGCGAGGCGCUUGAUCUUUCGAGCAAGGAGAAGAUACUGCGCCCCAUUCCCGCCCUGGAAGAGAUCAACGAGGCGCCGUGGCCGCUCCCUGCAUACAUGGCUCUGACCCACGAAGGUCUUCUUGCGGCCUGGUGGGUGAUGUGGAACAAAUCUAUCGAGGCUGGAGAACGCUACCCCGGUCUCAUCUUCAAGAGCGAAGCCACACAGCAUGCGCCUUCUUCUACUCCGAGGGCAUCCACGCCUGCGUCCAAACUCCCGGUUGCUACAUCUACCCCUUUCAGCAAGUCCAUGGGCACACCCGGCACCCCAGGAACAGCUGGCAUCCCCCACUUUGGCAACGCUGGAAACGGAUUCGGUACACCAACUCCCGCUCUGAUGAAACCCCAACCGCCCGGCUUUGGAACACCCGGAUUCGGUACUGCUGCUACCAAUUUGCCUGCUCCAACUUUCGGUAAACCUGCACAGCCUUCAUUUGGUGCUCCAUCUACAAUCGUAGGUGCCGGCUCCGGAUUCGGCGCAGUAGGUGGAAUGGGCGGCAAAGCAUCUCCAUGGGGAGCGACAUCUCAAACUUCAGAGUCAAAAUCCAACCCAUUCUCGGCCGCUGCUGGUGGUUCGUCAGGAUUCGCCCAAUUCAAAAGUGCUGGAGGAUCAAACUCCUUUUCGAGCUUUGGAAGCAACAACUCUGCACAAGCAGGCUCCGGGUUCGGAGCACUCGGGCAAGGGCAGCAGAAAUCUGGCUUUGGAGGUCUGAAGACAGAGCCAAGCUUUGGUUCUACUGUCACCGUUGGCUCUGGGACUGGAUCUUCGCUACCCUCCUGGGCGACUACGCCCGCUCAGCAAAGCAGCUCGAUCUUUGGACAGCAAGACAAGUCAUCGUUCAACACGGCCUCGUUCGAGUCGAAGGACUCCGAUGCGAGCGAGGCAAACGACCGAAAGAGGGACGAAGCUACACCUACACCACAAGCUCAGCCGUCCCAAGGCUUGUUCGGCCUUGCAGGUGGCUUCAAGCUCGGCACUACUUUUGCAAGUGACGGUACAGCUAAGGACGAUCCAGCGAAGCCUGCGGCUCCUGCCAACGGUUCCUUCUUCGGCAGUGACUUCUCCAACAUGCUAGGAAAGACAGGGAUGAAGCCGCCCGCAACCCCAGCGAGCGAAAACCCCCCAAGUUGGGUCUCCACGACACCAGCAUCCCCGCCAAAGCAGAAGUCGUUAUUCCCCAGUGACACUCCUGCAAGGGAGAGCGCAACCCCCAAGGCUGCACCACCUGUGCAAGAGCCCGCUACUCCGGUGGACGACGCACCUUUGCCACCAGACUUCACCAAGGCUAAGCCGGCGAAAACUGAGGACGCACCUCUACCUCCAGAUUUCAUCAACACAAAGUUGCCGAAUUCGACUAGCGACGAUUUGCCUCCGCUCGCUGGUAGUCCUGGCGUCGAGGUGGAAGCACCUAGUUCGUCUGGAGAUGUAUCUCCCAUUGACAACGAAGACGAGGAAGAACAUGAUCACGACCAUGACGACGAGAGCGAAGAGGAUGAUGAUGAGGAAGGUUUCUCUGAUGAGGAGGACGAUGAGGAGGUUGAAGAAGUCGACGACACAUACCCGCCAAACAAGACAACAAAGCCGCAAGCCGCGAAGGCGGGUACCUGGAGCUUCCAGGACAGUGUCAACCAGUCGCGGCAGUUCUUCCCCCCUGCACCGACUCCUCCCACAGUGAAGUCCGGCGCCACAUCACAGUCCGGAAGCAGCGCUUCACCAGCCCAGCCUUCUUUGUUCGCUCAGGCCUCGAAACCUGCCGCCAACCAACCAUCGUUCUCAGGCUCAUCGCUGUUCGGUCAGCAACCGAACAAAGGCCCCUUCUCUGGUAAACCCGAUCAGUCAUCGAUGCCUGCGAAACCGAACUUCCCGCCUCCGACGAACCGCGCCCAAGACCUUCGCUCGCCUAGUCCAGCUCGUUCGAGCUCAGCUUCUCGUCUCCGACGAGAACCUUUGGUCGCACCGGGUGCUUCAUUGAGCUCAUCCAUGCAGGGGUCCAAGCCGCCCACGCCACAGCCACAGGUCUCCGAUCUUGAAGAUGAGGAGGACGAGCGGAUACGCGCACAGCUUGCGCAGCCGAUCGAGCCGAGCCGGAACCUGGAGGAGUUUGUCGCAUACCAGAACUACACUGGUGGCAAAUCACCUAGCAAGACGGGUCACGCCGCUCAGAUCGAGUUGAUUUACAAAGACAUCAACGGUAUGGUGGAUGCACUUGGCUGGAACGCUCGAUCUAUCAAGUCGUUUACACAAUACCACCUACAGCCCCAGACUGGUCACCAAAUCGAUCGACGUAUGCUGGAUGAUGUCCAAGACCAGGGACCUCACGGCUCAUGGUUCGAGAACUUCACUUUGUGCGAGAUUCAAGCCUUGCGAUCUCUUGAAGAUCAGCUUGAACAAGAGCUGGAUGCAGGGCGGGUACAGGAUGUGCUCCUCAAGCUCACACAGCUCGCUCGUCUUCUUCACGACAAGGCCAAGCUCAUGACUCGUCUUAAUGACAUACGCCGCCAAAUCAUCAAUCGCAAGGACCCCGAAAAGACAGAAGCUCUCCGAAAGGCACCAUUGCCAAAGGAGCUUGCCGAUGGACAGAAGGCUCUGCGCAACGACUAUGCUCAGCUUUUGACGUCGCUACGCAAGGCUGAAGAUGCAGUCGCAGUCCUACGCUCGCGUCUGGUGUCCCACAACGCACAGAACGGCAGCACAAAGUCAGUGCCUUCCAUGGAGGCUGUCAAGAAGACAGUCCUCAGGUUGGCCAAUCUUGCUGAGCAGAAGAACAACGACAUCCUCGUCCUAGAGGCCCAAUUGCGCAAGAUCGGCCUCGCAGACUCCAGUCGUCCUUCCUCAUCUUCAUCACGCAACGCUGGUACGCCCCGACGGUCACGCGGUACGGAUCUCCGCCGCAGCAUUGCCGAUACGCCUUACGCCACCCCGCCUACCAACCGCAACAAGAUGACCCUGACCGAUCUAAGCCGUCGUGCUCUAACUCCCGAAGUUGAGAGUACGCCUACGCCCAGCAAGGGCUAUGGCCUGUUUUACACACCCGAAGGCAGUCCGACAUCGGGCAAGGAGAUCGCGCGUUUGAGCGACCUGGUUGACGACAAUAUUGAUAGCUUGCGACAGACCGCCAGGACAAGGAAGCAGGUCGCUAAGGGUCUUAAGAAUGCCCUUCUCGACCGUGGGAUCAAGGUCACAAAGGUAGUCCGCACGGAGAUGGCUCCCGCACUUCCCACGCAAGACUACUACGUCACCUUGGGGGUGCGACCUUCUGCGCUGUACGGCGAGAUCAAGACGUCAUACCGCCGCCUCGCACUAUUGCAUCACCCGGACAAGAACAUCGGAUCUCAACAUGCGACCGCGACGAUUCAGCUUGUGCGGAGAGGCCACCGUGCUUUGACGAUACUCAAAGAUGCGACUAAGAGGAGCGAAUACGAUCGCAACCGUCAACAACGAACUGCUUCAUCCUCAGGCAGUCAACCUUACGCUCCAUCUCCAGCCACAUCACAGCCAAACCCUCAGCCGCACCCGCAAAACGAGACACCAGCGCAAAGGGAAGCGCGUGCACAAGCAGAGAGCAACCGGAUACGACAAGAGUGGCUAAACUAUGAGAGAUCUCAGAAAGAGCAGAUUCGUCAAUGUCGUAACACUGUCAAGUCUCUUGAAGCCGAACUCGAGUGCCUGAACAGGAAUGUCUUUGAGAAUCGAGCAAAGCUAGCAAACGACAAUCAGUCGGAAGCGGGCACAUUGGCCUUCUUGAGCAACAGACUGAGUGAACAAGAGAAGAGCGACAUCACGUUAGCCACAAUCAACGCGGAGAACGCCAUUCGGAUCAAGCAGAUACGCCUAGACGAAGCAAGGGUACGGCUCGAACAGCUGAACGAUGACCUCACGAAACGAAAAAAUCAAGAACGCGAAAGGCUUGUGGCUGAGCUGGCUGAGAAGGCGAGGAAAGAACGGCUUGCGAAAGAAAAGGCUGAACAGGCCCGACAGUGGGAACAGACAAGACAAGCAUGGGAGGCUGAACAACGUGCUGAAAAGGAGUCCCGAAAAGCACGAAAGAAAGCGAAGCGAGAAGCAGAACAAAAAGCAAGACAGGCAGCAGAACAAAAAGCAGGAUGGGAGGCAGCAAAGAAAGCAGCAAGAGAAGCAGAGGAGUAUGCGAGAGAGGAAGCAGAGUACUGGGCGACGCAGAAAGAAGAGCGUCGCAUGAGAGAGGAAGCAGAUAUGCGAGACAAGAAGAAAAGUAUCGUGCGAGAGAGGAAGCAGAACGUCGUACGAGAGAGCAAGCGGAGCUUCGUGCAAGACGGAAAGCAGAGCAUCGUGCGAGGCAAGAAGCAGCUCACCGUGCAAGACAAGAGGAAUCGAGGAAGCGCGCGGCAAAGGAACAUGCAGCAAAGCAGUACGAGGCCACAGCAGCAGAACGAUCACGAGCGAGGAGAUCCAACUGUGACCAUGAUACGUUGUGGAUUAGGGUUGAAGGCCAGCAUACUUGCGCAUUCUGUAUUCGAAUACUCGACGAGUUCUCAAGGCAAUGUUUCGGUUGCGGUACCAAAGCAUGUGUCACCUGUGCGCAAAAAUUGA